GAGACACGCUCACAAGCUCCGAUUCUAUCCUGGGAGUUUAAUUAAGUUUUGUUAACUGACGUAAAAACAAUUACCAAGCAAUUUCAAUUAGGCCUACUACUACCCGAAGCAGAGUUUUUGAAUUAUUUUGUACACACGUGGUCCAUUGCAAGGAUGCAGAAGAUGAAGCUCCCGCCCAUGUGUGCUUGGUUUUGCCUGUCAAUAAUCAUCAACAUUGGAAUCUCGUCAGCCAAAGGGUCACCAAAGUGGGAGAGUUGCAUUGAUGUUGUGAGGGGAAGGGAAAGUUUUUACCUCCCCGAGGAGGAGUCGUGUUGUCAAGGACGGAUUCUCCGAAAUACGAUAGGAAUCAGUGAGGAGUGCUGUGGGGGACAACUUUACAAUUCCAACACGGGUAAAUGCUGCGGAGGUGAGGAGUGGUACAAUGAUGCAUCGCAGGACUGCUGCGACGACACAGUGUUUGAUCUGGACGGGCAGACGGAAUGCUGUGGGGGCCAAGUUAUAGAUACCAGUAUCACCGCCCUCAUCCCCCGCACCUGUUGUGGAGAUCACCCCGUUGCGGGGACGGGAGAGUGCUGCGGAGUCAACGCCGUCUACGAUUCGCAAACGGAGCUUUGCUGUGAGGGGCUUGAUGGGGUUGGACAUGUGCACACGAUUGGCAGAACAGAGGUGCUAAGUCGCUGGAUGCAAUGUUGUGGCGUUGAAACUAUCGACACAAGAGUACAGCACUGCUGCAAUGAGGUUCCACGACCGAAGAAUGAUUUCAGUGAGUGCUGUGGACCAGAAACGUUUGACGUAACAACACAAAUAUGCUGCGUCGACAGAUUCGCCGACGGAGUUGACUACAAGAUCAGCCCAUUGGUUGAAGGACGAACUGAAUGUUGCGGACUAGAGCCAAUCAACACGGACAAUGAACAGUGCUGUGAGUCCAAAAUCACCUACAACAUUGGCGAUGGACUGUGCUGUGCGUCACACGCCUACAAUCCCCAGAGGUCCUCCUGCUGUUACAAUGACUACUCAUCAUUUAAUGUAACACUGAACGUUCCUGAGAUUGUGGACUUGCAGGGCUGUUGCAGUGGGCAGUCUUUCUUGAAGACUGACCAAGUAUGCUGUUCAGGGAGCCUCUAUGAUAAACAAUCCGGUCAUGAUUGCUGUGGGACAGAAUUGUACAACACUUUAGGACAACUUUGUUGUGAGGGUAACCGAAUAGACAAAACCUCCCCAUCUUCUCAAUGCUGCGGACAACACUCGUACGAGGCGGACCGACAGACUUGCUGUUUCAGUCAUGUGCUGGACGUGGCGAACGGGUCAUGCUGUAUGACCGGGGAAAACACCUACGAGGCCUACUCCAGCCUACACAAUCAGUGCUGCGUCAAAGAAAGAAGAUACACACCCUCAUAUGGCAAGGUGCACAGUAAAGAUGUCAGGUGCUGUGGUACUGAGGAACUGAAAGAGUCUCACUUGUGCAGGAAUGAUAUUGGACGUCAGAUAGCCAAGGAGGAACCUACACAUGAUAGGCUCUGCUGCAAACCAAGAAAAUGUCACACAUUUGACUCUCAAACACAGGUUUGUAAAGAAGGCAGGGUGACACACCAACGGGAUCUGACACCUGGACUGCGCCGUUGUGGUGGAGAUAUGUACAGUGUAGAGGAUAAGCAAUGCUGCAAAGGAAAUAUCCAGAUUAAGACAAGAAGCUUUGGUGGAUCCCCUCUGCUGUGCUGUGGCACAGGUACCUACAGUCCAGAGUUUCAAGUAUGUUAUAACGAGAAGAGUUAUGACAUCGCAGAGAAGUAUGCUGAGAUUUGUCGCAAUCAACCGUACGACAACAGAAGUCAUGAGUGUGACCCUAUGUACCAACUGAUCCGUCCAAUCGCUGAGCGGCAACAGGGUCUGACUGAAAUCUGUGGUAGCAGCAAGGCAGAUAGCGGCUACUACCCGUACAAUCCAACUAAACAUGAUUGCUGUGGGGAUAUGCUGAUAGGGCCAGGGGAGACAUGUUGCAACGAUGAGCGCUUUCAGACUCCAGGUACCGGGGUUGGUGAGGGACAAUGCUGCGAUGGAGGAGAUGGUUUCAACCCUAACACCCACACAUGCUGCGGUGGCAACAUUCACAGCAUAUCUGAUGAUCACCAGUGCUGUGGCGGCCAGCUGCUUGACCCAGCCAGCACAGCAGAGAUGUGUUGCAAUGACCGUGUUAUGCCAGUGGAGAACGGUAGGACUGAGUGUACGUCAGGCGUGGCACACAGACCCACGGAGACAGUGUGUGACGGCGUGGUUUAUGAAGAAGCCAACGGAGACUGCUGCGGGAAGGUCUUGAUGAAUACAAACCAACAGAUCUGCUGUCAGGACAAGUUCCUUUACGACAAGGCUACUCAUGGGGACACUUGCUGUGGAAAAGUCGCCUAUGAUUCCUCUAACCCAUCAGAAAAAUGCUGUUCAGACACCUCUCUCUACCAUCAUGCCAACGGCUUUAUCUGUUGCGGAAACAGUCUCAUGGAUACUUUCAAAGACGUGUGUCGAGAAGUCGGCUAUGCUUCCUACAUCUUCCCGAGACAGAGCGAUUUGGUGGACUGUACUGAAGGAAGCUACGACCCAAUACGCCAGACCUGCUGUGAAGGAAUCCUGUACAACUUUCUCGGAGAAUGCUGCGGGAGUCAAGUCUUCAGGGAGGGUGAGGGCUUGAUCUGCUGCGGGAACAAGAUGCAAUAUCGCAUGUACGGAGAGAAGACGAUAUGCUGUGGAGAGGAAGUUAGGAGUAGCGAAAAACAUACAUGCUGUGGAGACAAAGGCCUGGCCAAGACACGUCGAUGGGAGACUUGUUGCGACGGGGUUGUGAUGAGAAGGCGUGAUUGUCGUCAAAAGAAAAGAAAGAGGAUCCCCUCUAGGCUUGGCCCAUCAAAUUGUGGCGGUCAACUCUAUAAUGCGUCUGUGCAAGGUUGUUGUAAUGAAGUACUGUUUGACUCUGAGCUAUUUGCAUGUAUAGACAGCAGUUUGCAACCUCUGUGCGCUGGUACCCCGUACGAUGACUCCACCAUGAUGUGCUGUGCUGGCGAGGUACACAGUUUGGAAACCACUGGUUGCUGCAAUGGAACACCGUACGACCUGUCAUCGCCGAACGUAUGCUGUAACAACGUCCUGCACCAUGUAAGAAAUGGAGCAUGCUGCGGACCCAACAGUACGCCCUACAACCUCAAUAGGAAUCUCUGCUGCAAAGACAAACUUCGGAAGAAGAAGAACAGACGCAGCGAGUGCUGUGGUGAAUUCGCAUUCAACCCCAACACAGACACAUGCUGUGAUGGUAAAGUCACUCGCGAUGUCCCUCACGGAGCGUGCUGCGGAAACAAGGCUUUUGAUCCUGCCGUGAAGAUGUGCUGUCCAGAGCAGGGGAAGCUGUUUAAGCGUCGCCCUAACACCGAGAACCUCCUGAGUGACAGCCUUUGCUGUGCAGCCGAUAUGGAGUACAACACAACCGCAGGAACUUGCGUACCCAAAGAUUGUACAGUGUGCAAGGCCCCAUCAUCAAACAAAGCCUGGCGAGAACACACCACAAAGACUACGCUGAUCCGAGGCACCAUAUCUCAAAUCACACAAACUGACAACCACCAUCUUACAAUACAUCUCACACGAGUCAGUCAUCUCAACCUCGACAAACAAUCAUCCGACCUGGAGUUUAGAGUGACUGUGCCGUCUCAAUGCGGAUGCGAGGAACUCGUACUCAAUAAAGCUUACAUCAUCAUGAGCGAUGGAGUCGUUGAAUGGAACGAAGACUUUGAUCAUCUCACGCUUCGACCGACCGACUUCUUGGCCAGAGCCAAAGAUCAACUCGGAAGAAAAAUUAAACACUAUGUAUGUAAGCAUAAAGAUUAGGUGUCUUCCACAUUCUACUGUUAGUAUUUUAAAACAUAAGGAAAUAAUAUAUAUUUUAAACAAGAUUUAAGAUGAGACUAUUUAAUUCUGGUGUAUUUAUUCAUUAUAAAGACAUUUUGUAUGUAUAUUUUGA